AUGAAGCCCACCAGCCAUGUUUGGUGUUCCCUGCCUGGCCGCCCAAUGAAAUGUGACGCCUGCCACGGACUUGACAUCGCCACUGAACUCGAACAAGAUGUAAGUGAAGUGCUCUUACCCAACCCAACACAACAGCUCGUCCGUGGUCCAUCUGAGGAUCGCUUACGAAAAGAUGAUCAAGACGAUUUCAGUCUCGAAUCUAUAACUCUCAGGUCUCCAGUUCGGAAAGAACAGCCCGCCAUACGAAAAUCGAAACGGCAUUGA